AUGUCUCUCAAGAUGAUGUUUACAGAAUCAACCAUAGCUAGCUAUGUCAGAACGAUUAGAUCAUGCCCGCACGAAUUAAUUGCCAACUGCCAGUCACUGCUCACAGUUGCCAUAUAUGCCUCGGCUGGGCUUCCGAUCACAUGGGACCAAGGGUCAUCUUCAGUGAUCCCAUCACUUCCUGGAUUCCAAGCUACUUUUGGCAUCACAUCUGCCGCAAACCCAACGCAGGUAACUAACUUCAUCUCGUUCGUAUACAUUGGCGCUGGUGUCGGUGCAGGCCUAUCAUUCGUCAUCAACGAUCGAAUUGGACGUCUACGGUCCUUUCGCCUCUACAUGGCUAUAUGGGUCGUCGGCCAGAUGCUUGCAACCUUUUCUUAUGGCCAUAAGGGUGCUGUAUCCACCGCUCGCAUAGUGUCAGGUCUCGGUAUAGGACCACUGACCGUGAUCGACCCAGCGGCCAUCGUUGAAGUCGCACCAACCGAAAUUCGAGGACUCCUUUCAGUCCGGUUCAGCGUUGUUAUGCUCUUGUCAUUGACGGUAUCCGUUUUCGUCGUUCUCGGUGUUUACCUCCAUAUCGCUACCAGCUAUCUUCAAUACCAGAUUUUGUUCUUUGUGCCAACGAUCGCGGUAGCCUUCAUCGUCCUGGCUCACUUCUUUUUAUCGGAAAGUCCACGAUGGCUAUUUCUCGUCAACAGACAAGAGGAAGGCAUUGCAACUCUCGCCAAAUUACCCGGCUUGUCUGCAAGUCAUCCUCGCAUAGCCUCCGCGAUUGAAGAUAUCCAGAAACAGAUUGACGGACAGCGGAAGUCUCAGAAAAGUGAUUCGCAGCCGGGAUGCAUUGGUCUAUGCAAGGAGACUUUCCUGGUCCCAUCUAACCUUCGCCGAGUCCAGCAGACUUUCAUAUCUUAUGCGUUCGCACAAUUAUCUGGUGCAAACAGUGUGACUUCAUAUUUAGUCCCAAUCUUAAGUAUGAUGGGGCUAGGCGGUGGAACUGAUCGCUCACUUUUCUUGACUGGAAUGUACUCGAUGGCGAAGUUCUUUUUCACGCUGAUUGCGAGUUUCUGCUUUAUUGAUGUGCUAGGGCGCCGCAAAAGCUUCUUUACUGGUCUCACUCUGCAGAUGGUGUCUGACAUCUACAUCGGUGUGUAUAUCAAGUACAAACAAAGCGGCGUAGUCACUACCAGUGGGAGUCAGGCGGCUGUGGGGGCUAUAUUUGUCCAUAGAUUUGGCUUUGUAGUUGGCAACUUCUGGUACAUUCUCCCUGCUAACUAUCUAUUAGGUCUUUUGAUUCUUCCGUACGUCUUCGGUGCAGAAGUUUGGCCCAAUCAUAUCCGAUUGUUCGGUGCUGCAAUCUCACAGUGCUUCCACUGGCUCUUCUUCUUUGGCAUUAGUAGGGCGUCUCUCCUAGCCAACACAAACAACUGGGGUGCUUUCAUCUUCUUUGCAGCCUGGUGCUUUGUUUCAAUUGUCUAUGCCUAUUUUGCGAUACCGGAGACUGCAAGAGAAGGACUCGAGGACUUUGAUGCUAUCUUUGAGCAGCCACUUUGGAGGGCUUAUCGCGGCACAAAGCGGAACAAUACCACCUGCAUUGAGGCCUUUGAAGUAUCGUCCGACUCUGGUGACUGGACAAAGAAAAAGAACCACUUCGCAGAUGCUGGUGUUGAGGUUUGA